AUGGCAGCAUUUGUUUCAGCGCUAAAACUUGCUUGUGCGCGGCCGUUGCCAGCAGAUCUCCCGGCGUGGUUCCUGGCUGUGUGCCACUCCCAACCAGAAGGCUCCCCGAACCCAUCCUCGGUACCUUACACCACCAGCAUGGCAACAGUGCAUGGCCAUAGCAUGUCUAAAUCUGGCGUUGGCCGGGAUUACAUUACAGAUCUUUACAUUGGACCACCUCGACGGCCUCCUCAACGGCCUCCUCGAUGGCCUCCAUUACCCACAUCCAGACAUUCACGAGGGACAUCACUUCCACCUCUAGUCAUCCCGAACAAUGCAUCUCCAGCACCGAGACCGCUUUCUGAGUUCCGGCCCAAGGAAGCAUCCGCUACCGUGUUUCUGAACUUUUCACUUCCACGGCCUGUUGCCUGCAGAAAGAAAUCAAGCGUUGACAUCACCGCAUCCAACACACAGUCAACACAUCUUUCUGUACCAAACACAAACUCAACACAUGGCGAAAGCAAUCACUUCUCGUCCAACGCUGGCUGUGUUCCACCUCCCCCAAAAUCACCACAACGACCCUCAACGUCCAGGGGACACUACCAAAUACCCCCUCCCCUACCAACACCAAACCGACCUCUAUCAAGCGGAUCAGACUCAAUACCAUCACGGCCCCUCUCAUCAGGAUCCGACCAAGUCCCAGAACUAGAACCGGACUUUUACAAUGACGACGUCAGCAUCAUCUCCGACGCAGCCCAAACACCUCCACCACCCACCUACGCGCCUCCCUCACCACCAGUCAAAUCACCCCUCCGUCCCUGGUCCGUAGGAUCCUCCUACUCUCAAGUCUCGUCUUCAUCUUCUUCUUCUUCAGGAUUUCCACUGCACCGCUCCAGCUUCUACCCCGGCAAGCGCAACCCGCCACCACGCAUCAACUUCCGCCCCUCCUCCCAGGCUUACUACCCCACAAGCAGAAAGAGCGUGCCCAACCUCCGACAACAGUCAGAGUCAGCAGACGACUCGACGGGGUCCGAAGACAACGACACAACAACAACAACCACCACGGGAACAACAGGAAAUGGAAGACGGCAGCCAAAGACUUACAAGCUCGACGCCCGAAGCCGCCGCCGCCGCCGCGAAAUGAGCCCGUCGGAUGUAGACCUGGAUGACCCCACCGCCCGUGAAUGCAGCAAGGCCGAAGCCGAGGCUUUCACGCAGCUGAUUGGCAUCAUUGAUCGGUUUAACGCCAGGGAGGGGGGAUCGCCGUCUGUACCUGAUCGGUUGGCGAGACGGGUGUCGUCGUUGCAUUUGCGGGUGGCGACGCCGGUGUUUGAUCCGGCGGAUGAACAGAGGGAGCUAUGGGCUAAGGGCUUGAGGAAGGUGAGCCCGACUGUGUAUGUGGCGGAUGUGGACAGCGUUUGGGGUUAUUAUUUUAAUGAGGAAGACACUCCUAUUUGA